AUGCGGGGGCCAUCACUUCUUCCAGGACUCUGCAUUCUACUGAGUUUGUCAAUAGUCAUGAUUCAGAAGGCCAAAGGUGCCUGUCCUCAAUGCCCCAAAAAUGCUAACUGUGUCAAGGACAAGUACUGUACUUGCAACAAAGGAUACGUCUCCAAAUCUGGGAAGGAAUUCUUCACUUUCCCCUUGGAGGUAUGUCAAGAGCUCACCUCCUCAACCACAACUAAAGGCAGUAAAGAGCUACAACGGGUUCUUGAGCAUUUUGAGUCACUCCUCACCAACAAGUCUCUAUGGGGAUCAGGAGAGAAGAGUAAAGUCGCAUCCAAGGCCACAUCUAUUCUCCAGACUCUGGAAUUGGAUGUCUUAGAAUCUGCCUUGAAAUCCCCAGACCAAGAAAUCCAGAAAAUUCAAAGUAGUACUGUGGCUGUUGAAACUCGAGUUGUUACAGACCGUUGCUCCAAGGAAAGAAAGAUCUUCAACCUGAGAGUCCAUACGAACUCACUGGACAUCUCUUGCAAUGACGUCAUCCAGGGAAACAUACAAGGUCCCAGUGCAGUUGCCUUUAUUUCAUACUCUUCUCUUGGAAAUAUCAUAAAUGCAACUUUUUUUGAUGAGAUAAAUAAGAAAGAUGAAGUUUACCUGAAGUCCCGGGUAGUAAGCGUUGCUGUUGGACCCAAAAGGAGCAUCUCUCUCUCCAAACCCGUGAUUCUGAGUUUUCAGCAUGUGGAGAUGAAGCCCCUGAGCAAAAAGGCCUUCUGUGUCUUCUGGGAAAGCACAAAGGGCGGCCACUGGUCCACGGACGGCUGUGUCCUGGUGCAAGUGAACAAUAGUCACACCACAUGCAGCUGCACUCAUUUGUCCAGUUUCGCCAUACUCAUGGCCACCACCAGCCAGGAGGACAGCCUGGCCCUGGCUGUGAUCACCUAUGUGGGGCUAAGCCUCUCUCUGCUGUGCCUCUUCCUGGCGGCCCUCACCUUCCUGCUGUGCAAAGCCAUCCAGAACACCAGCACCUCACUCCACCUGCAGCUCUCACUCUGCCUCUUCCUGGCCCACCUGCUCUUCCUCGCGGCCAUAGACAGAACAGAGAUUAAGGAGCUGUGCGCCAUCAUCGCAGGUGCCUUACACUAUCUCUACCUGGCCUCCUUCACCUGGAUGCUGCUGGAGGGCCUACACCUCUUCCUCACCGCACGCAACCUGACUGUGGUAAACUACUCCGGUGCGAACAGACUCAUGAAAUGGCUCAUGUUCCCGGUCGGCUAUGGAGUCCCAGCUGUUAUUGUGGCCAUUUGUGCAGCAUCCAGGCCUCACCUUUAUGGAACAACUGAUCGCUGUUGGCUACACCUGAAACAAGGAUUCAUCUGGGGUUUCCUUGGUCCAGUCUGUGCUAUUAUCUGUGUGAAUUUAGUAUUUCUUCUCUUGGUCCUUUGGAUUUUGAAGAAGAAAUUCUCCUCCCUCAACCAUGAAGUGUCAACCAUCCAGAAUACAAGGAUGCUGACCCUGAAAGCAAUAGCUCAGGUCUUCAUCCUGGGCUGCACGUGGUGUCUGGGCAUCUUGCAGGUAGGCCCAGCUGCCUGGGUCAUGGCUUACCUCUUCACCAUCAUCAAUAGCCUGCAGGGCUUCUUCAUUUUCCUGGUCUACUGCCUCCUCAGCCAGCAGGUUCGAAUGUGGUUUAGAAACAUGGUGAAACCUAAAUCUGAGUCUGAGACUUUUACACUUUCCAGCAGGUUUGGCCCUUCCUCAAAACCCAGUGAGGGCAAUAUCUUUUCAGGACAAGUGAAGAGAACAUAUUCAAACUAG